ACACAGGCCUGACAGCUCUCUGCUUUCCCCUUUGUGUCCACACAGAGGGCAUGACGGUGUAAUCAGAGAACGGGGGAAAGUUUUUAAAAAAUUGUUGGAUUUCUUUGGGGUAUGCCUAAAAGCUUCCACUGACAGAUUGCAUUCUGCUUCUUCCUGGAGGAUUUCCCCUAUCCCUUUGCAGGCGUUGGCCAACUGUUCCUGCAGUUUCAUUCACUGAAUCCAAGUCAUCCUGUGGAGGUGUGAGGCAGCUUUGGACCAUGCGCUCCCUGUGGUUGUUCCUGCUCCCUUGCCUGGGCCUUGUGAGUGUGGUGCCGGCCGAAAGAGGUUUGGAGUUCCCACAGUACGAUGGGAAGGACCGCGUUCUUGACAUCGACGACAAGAACUACAAGAGAGCCCUGAGGAAGUACAGCAUGCUCUGCCUGUUCUACCAUGAGCCCAUAGCAGACAGCAAGGAGCUGCAAAAACAGCACCAGAUGACGGAGCUGGUGCUGGAGCUUGUGGCUCAGGUAAUGGAAGAGAAGGACAUCGGGUUUGGGAUGGUUGACUCAAAAAAAGAUGCAAAAGUUGCAAAAAAACUAGAGUUGGAGGAGGAAGGAAGUGUCUAUGUUUUCAAGGCUGACAGGGUGAUUGAGUUCGACGGGCUGCUGUCUGCUAACACUCUGGUGGAGUUUUUGUUGGAUCUAAUGGAGGAGCCAGUGGAAAUUAUUGAAAAUGCCCUGGAGCUGAAAGCCUUUGACAGAAUGGAGGAGGACAUUCGUCUCGUUGGUUACUUUAAGAGUGAAGACUCUGAGUAUUAUGACGCAUUUAAAGAAGCUGCAGAAAACUUUCAGCCCUACAUUAAAUUCUUUGCCACGUUUGAGAAAUCUGUGGCCAAAGAGCUGACUCUGAAGCUGAACGAGGUAGACUUCUACGAGCCUUUCAUGGAGGAGCCUGUCACCAUCCCAGGCAAGCCUCACUCCGAGGAGGAGCUGAUAGAAUUCAUUAAUGAACACAGACGACCAACCCUGAGGAAGCUGCGUGCAGAGGACAUGUUUGAGACAUGGGAGGAUGACAUUGAGGGCAUCCACAUCGUGGCCUUUGCAGAGGAGGAGGAUCCUGAUGGUUAUGAGUUCUUGGAGAUCUUGAAGGAGGUUGCCAGAGAAAACACUCAACUUCCUGAGCUCAGCAUCAUCUGGAUCGAUCCCGACGAUUUCCCACUGCUGAUUCCCUACUGGGAGAAAACCUUCAAGGUGGAUCUGUUCAGGCCGCAGAUUGGAGUCGUCAAUGUUACAGACGCAGACAGUGUGUGGCUAGAAAUGGAGGAUGAGGAAGAUCUGCCCACGGCUCAGGAGCUCGAGGACUGGAUCCAGGAUGUUCUCUCUGGCAAAGUAAACACUGAAGAUGAUGAUGUUGAUGAUGACAACGACGACGAUGAUGACGAUGAUGACGAUGAUGAAGAUGAUGAAGAUGAUGAAGAUGAAGACGAUGAUGAUGAAGAGGACGAUGAUGAAGAGGAUGAUGAUUAAGAUAUAGCUAAAACUAAUUAAUUACCCAAGAGUUGCCUUCUCUUCAGUCAAUUUACUAUAAAUUUAAAUAAUUUAUCAAUAAAAACAAUUCAGUACAUACUGAAUAUAUUCCUGCUGAUAAUUAAAUAUAUAUAUACAUACAUACAUAAAAUACACUUAAUUAUUUAUUAUUCUGCCUCUGUAAAUAAACCUGGGAUGGGUUUGGAGAUUAUAAAAAGAAGAAGCAUUUGUACACUUAAACUUCUAAAAGGGAUCGGACAACAAAUGUUUUUAAUAAAUGCCUGAUAAUAAUAAAGAACUUUUUAAUUCCUUUAA